AUGGAUGGUGUGGGAGUCAUUCUAACAGGAGAGAGUCAAAUUCCUCAGGAGAACUGGGAGAGAGUAGAGGAAGCUGCAAUGGACAUAGUUAAUAGAAUUCAUCCAACUGUUGAAUCCCAUUGUAAGAGAAAGGAGGUCAUAGAGUAUCUGCAGGCUCUCAUUCAAUCUUUCCUUGGGUGUGAGAUUUUCCCAUAUGGGUCAGUUCCAUUGAAGACAUAUCUUCCAGAUGGAGAUAUUGAUUUGACCAUCAUUUGCCAUCCAGCUGUUGAGGAUGCGAUGGUUGCUGCUGUUCAUACUAUUUUGAGACAAGAACAGCAGAAUAGGAAUGCUCCAUAUGAAGUGAAGGAUGUUUAUUUUAUUGAUGCUGCUGAGGUUAAGCUUGUAAAAUGUAUUGUACGAAAUAUUGUGAUAGAUAUAUCCGUCAAUCAGUUAGGAGGACUUUCCACCCUUUGUUAUCUUGAACAGGUUGAUCAGAUUGUUGGCAGAGAUCACCUCUUUAAACGUAGCAUCCUUCUGAUAAAAGCUUGGUGUUAUUUUGAGAGUCGUACUCUUGGUUCCUAUCAUGGUCUAAUUUCAACAUAUGCCCUGGAAACUCUCAUUUUGUAUAUCCUCCAUUUAUUUCACAAUUCCUUAAGUGGACCCCUGGCAGUUCUGUACAAAUUUCUGGAUUACUUCGGCAAGUUUGAUUGGAAGCAUUAUUGUAUUAGUUUAUAUGGGAGAGUUUCACAAUCUGAUCUCCCCAAUAUUGUCGUUGAGCCACUUGAAAAUCGGGGUGAACUCUUGCUUAGUGAUGAAUUUCUUAGAAGAUGUGUGGGUAUGUUCUCGGUAUGGUCAACGAAUCCCGAGAUCAAUUCACGGCCUUUUCCCGUGAAGCAUCUGAACAUAGUUGAUCCUCUGAAAGCUAAUAACAACCUAGGCCGCAGUGUAAACAAAGCUAGCUUCCAUCGCAUACAGAGUGCUUUCAAAUAUGGAGCUCGCAAGCUUGGCCGGAUUCUUUCAUUACCCUGUGAGAAAAUGAUCAAUGAACUUAAUAGGUUUUUUGAAAAUACAUUGUGUGGACAUGGAAGCAAUUAUUGGACUCACAUGCAAAACCCUUGCAUGGCAUGUGCCUCUAGAAAUUCUGAUAAUUCAUCCUUAUCAUCUCUCUCUGAUACCUCCCAUCUUCAGCUUUCAUACUCCUACGGAGAAAAUGGAAAAUUUGAUGGUGCACUUGGCUGCACAUCAAGAUCAGAAUACAAAGAGAACUAUUUUGUGGUUAAUAAUUCAGCCUGUUCAUCUGCUAAUAAUGAGGAUAAACCCCUUGUGGGUUCAGCAACUAAAAUUCUUGUCAAUAACAGCUCAGAGAAUCUAACUCCAACUGUUGGUGAAAGAGAAUAUGGUAGCAUUACUGAGACUUCUCAAACUUUCAAAUCCAUAUUAGACCUCAACGGAGAUUAUGAAUGCCACUUAAAGAGUGUGUUAUAUGGUCAAUAUUGCCAGUUCUAUGCUGAAAACGCUCCCACGCUCUUCUUUCCUCUCAUGGCAGCUGUCUGUCAAUACUUACAGUUGAAACAGAAUGUUCAAUCUCAAAUGCGUACAGAUGGUGUUUUCAGACAACAACAGUACUCUUUGAACCCUCCUGCACAAUUUAGUGCAUCUGUCGAUUAUGACAGAAAGGAAAAACGAAGAGGAACAGGAACCUACAUUCCUAGAAUGAGUUAUCCUUCGUAUCGGGGUCGGCCGUCUUCAGGAAAAUGGAAGUACCAGACUAGAGGAAGAAAUGGUGAACCGGAUAGGUACACUCAUGAUAAUUGGGUGGUUGCAACUCCGCAAAAGGGAAAUUGUUCUAAAUCUAGCCAUGAGCUUUCAGAGGCAGAAUACCCAUAUCUGGGGAAUGCAAAGCCUUUACCAUCAAAGAUUCUUACACCUCAGUCAUCUGUGUGGGGUUCUUCGAGUGCCGAUGCCUUCUCUCCCCAACCAGAAAGUAUUGCUUCCGAGUUUCAGUCUCUUCAACUGCAUGAAGAGUCCUUGCCAGAAAGGAUCACCCCAAAUUAUGCUGGCGUUUCAUGUACAACGAGCUCUACUUCAAUCCCAAUAACAACAGCAGCCGAGAGGUCUGAAACAGUUUCAGAAAAUGAGCAUGAAAGGGUUGCGGUGCAGCCAUAUUGUUUGAAAGAUGAGGUUGAUUUUCCUCCUCUUUUCCAAGGAAGAGCAAUGGGGAUAUAG